AUGAAUGUUGUGGUUAAGCAGAGAGCCGGCAGCAGUGGAGUGGGAGUCUAUCAAAUAAAGAAUGUAGAAAAAAACCGGGACAAAUUACAAACCAUGGUGAAAAAAAUAUUACAAGAAAAGAAUAGCAAAGGACUAGCAGUUUGUCCCUACUUGGAAAUUGAGGAAGAAUAUCGA